AUGUCUUCUUGGGAUGUGAUGCUUGUUCAUCAUCCUCAACCCAAAGGACCAGAGUCUGAAACAGACUUUACAAGAUGCACAUCAGACUUUAGAGUAUGCACAAACGACUGGUGUACGUGCUUGCCACCACUGAUAUCUUGCAGCUGCUCUGUAGAGGUGCUCCUUCAUCGAGUUUCGAUCGACAACGCAGGUGUGCUUCAAAGUCCAGGAUUUUGCGACUCCGAAGCUGUCAUCAACCUCCUCACGCAUUUCUUGUCAACACAAAGCAAGGGACCGUCUUCAUCGACUGGUCCAUCGAAUGUGGCAGAACGUUUCUCUACACCGAUCGACCUUCAAUCUAACGUUGCAUGUGAUACAGUUGCAGAUUUUACCACCAGCAAUGUGUACGCUUUGUACGAACAGCUGACAAAGUCUUUACCCGCUACAGAGUCGAACCGACCGCCGUUGGAACCCGGCAUUUGCACCUUGAAAUAUCAGUCGGGCGGGCAGUCUCGGCUGGCCGAGCAGUACGAGCCAACCUGGGGCUACUGGCCAGGCAACCUCAUCAAAUGCCACCCGGGCUCAGCAAACGAUCAAGCUCUCUUCAACAUCGAAUUGAGACUGAUGGCCAUGAGGCAAGCAGUGGCCAAGUCCAAGUCCAGACCUUCAAAUGAGCAAUGGAACCUUUGA